AUAUUUCGUUUACAGGCUGCAUCACUAUUGGGCUCAGCAUCAGUAGCUGUUCAGUCAAUUGUACUUGCAUGUUCACUUGCACCUUCAAUUCCACUUUUCAGCAAAAAGAAGAAUUCAUAUACUGACGAGCUGGAUGAGAACAGCUCUAAUGAAGAAAGUACAAGUGAUUCUCGACUUGUUUUAGAUACCCAGGUUUUCUGGGUCAUCACAUUUAUUCGCCUUAUGGCAAUGCCUCUUGUAGGCUUACUGCUAGUGAAGAUACUGCAUAGGGCUCAUCUACUACCUUCCAAUCCAAUUUGCAUAUUGACAAUCUUGGUAUUAAGUGCGAUGCCAACUGCUCAAAACCUGAUUGUGCUUCUGCAGUUAAGAUCAACCACAAAACCUUUAGCUGGAGCACUAGCUGAUCUUCUUGUCCGCCAGUACGCUCUUUCACUUGUAUCAGUACCGUUAUGGAUAACUGCUUAUAGUGCAGUGGUACCUCUAAUGUAAUUCAUCAAAUUUCAGGUGCAUCCCCAUGCAUAUAGGCUUGGAAGGGGAAGAAACAAUCAAAAGUUGGCUACAUGCAUAAAUGGAGACCUUUUUCUUUCCAUUGCAUUGCUUAUUAUUGCUAACUUUUGUCAUCUCAGGAAUUUGCACGAGUGAUCUCCAAUUUUUGGGAAAAGAAAGAAAUGUAUGAGAUGGCUCUUGUCAGUACAUCAUAUCAACUCAGAAUUCAAUGAAAUAUAUAUAAAUAAAAGAAAAACUGUGCCAUUAAAAAACAAAAGGUAAGGAAAAAGAUUAGUCAAUUAUUUUAUUGUUAAAUAAAAAAUUGAAGUAUAAAUAAAAUUAAUCUAAGUUUUUUUCA